AUGCGUCUUCUCGCUGUACUUGGGGCUCUGCUCGCAGGGGUCGCCGCCAGCGGUCGUAGGAUGACCAAGCACGAGAUGCGCGAACACCAACUCGAGGCAGCAAAACGUUGGCAGACUAGUGGCCCUCAGAACGUAAAGAGCAGUGGUGUUCAGAAUAUCACAUUCACGAACCCCAAGGCCUCAGAAUUUUACGUCGAUGGCAGAUCCCUUCCACUUGUUGACUUCGAUGUUGGUCCUAGCUGGGCAGGUCUUCUACCCAUCAGCAACAGUCCUAAUGAGACGCGUCAGCUCUUUUUUUGGUUUUUCCCUCCUGGUCCCCAAGGGAGUCUUGAUGAUUUAAUUUUUUGGACGAAUGGUGGCCCUGGCUGCUCCUCCCUGGAAGGUUUGCUGCAAGAGAACGGUCCUUUUAGUUGGGCCUUCGGUCAGGCCAAACCAACGGUGAAUCAACGGAGCUGGACCAACCUCUCCUCCGUCCUUUGGGUGGAGCAACCUGUUGGAACGGGAUUUUCCCAAGGCAUACCAAACGCACAGAAUGAGGACGAUGUCGCUGUUCAACUCGUCGGUUUCAUGCAGCAGUUCCUUGAUGUCUUUUCGGAACUCAAAGGUAAAAAGCUAUAUUUAACGGGUGAAAGUUACGCUGGAAGAUACGUGCCUUAUAUCGCAAACUAUAUCUACGAGAACCCGACUCGGUUAGACCUCUCGUUGCAAGGGAUAUGGAUCAGCGAUGCCUCGAUCUCGUGGUGGGUGGUGCAACAGCAGAUCCCUGCAGUGGACUUCAUGAAAAAGCACGCUAGUCUCUUCUCUUUUAAUCAGACGUUCAUGAACUACCUCGAGAAGAAGGCCGCGACGUGCAAUUAUACUGGCUACAUAGAUAAGUACGUCACGUACCCUCCAACAGGUCUUCUUCCCCUUCCAGGAGACUCCAUCGAGUUUGCCGAGGGCUGCGAUGUCUGGCACGACAUUUUUUAUGGUGCACUGAUUAUCAACCCUGCUUUCGAUGCCUAUCGCAUUUGGGACACUUAUCCGAUUUUGUGGGAUGUCCUAGGUUACCCAGGUUCAUUCCCACAGACGCAGUCUCCGAUCUACUUUAACCGAAUGGAUGUAAAGGAAGCUAUCCAUGCGCCCGUUGACACCGAGUGGUCGGAAUCCUCCAAUGUCAAUGUCUUCCCCAACGGAGACAGCAGCUUGCCUCCUGUCUUCACUGUGUUACCGAAUGUUAUCGAGAAGAAUAAGCGGACCGUCAUCGUGCACGGUCUCGCCGACUUUGUUCUCAUUUCUGAAGGAACCAGAAUCGUCAUUCAAAAGUACGUGCGGGACGGAUUGCAAGGAUUCCAGACACCUAUCGUCAAUGACAGUUUCAUUGUCGAUGGUGUGGGUGCCUUCGGGACAAUGCAUUCAGAACGGGGACUUACUUACUACGAAGUAGUCCUGAGUGGACACAUGGUUCCACAAUUUUCGCCAGUAGCUGCUUUCCAGAUUAUGCAGUACCUGAUGGGCUUUAGGGAUACGCCAUAG